ACGCUUCGAACCAGUCGACCGUCCACGAAAAAAACAAACUAGCGUUUUUAGCUUAGUUAGUCGCGCGGCUAGCGGUGACGUCACGGUGACGUCACGCUCUCCCUCGUAGCGAUAAUCAUGGCGGAUCAACAAUUCAACAACUUUCUCUGAUCACUGAAGUCUGCCGCUGCCCGCCGUGAUGGAGCACAUUCAAGGGGCCUGGAAGAACAUCAGUCAUGGGUUUGGGUGCAAAGACUCAGUGUUUGAAGAUUCCUGCAUGUCUCCCACCAUCCUCAAGAACUUCCCGUACCGGAGGUUGUCCGAUGACGGGCGAAUCCCAGACUCGAAAACGAGCAGCACAAUCCGUGUCUACCUGCCCAACAAACAGCGGACUGUGGUGAAUGUGCGACCGGGUAUGACGCUGCACAGCUGCCUCAUCAAAGCCCUGAAAGUCCGUGGCCUUCAGCCUGAAUGCUGCGCGGUCUUCAAGCUUCAUCGAGAACAUUCGUUUAAAAAGCUGCGUAUGGAUUGGAGCACUGAUUCUACCUCGCUGGUCGGAGAGGAGUUGCUGGUUGAAGUCUUGGAUCACGUACCCCUGACUACGCACAACUUCGUACGGAAAACCUUUUUGAAGCUGGCCUUUUGUGACAUCUGUCAGAAGUUUCUCCUGCACGGCUUCAGAUGUCAGACGUGCGGCUACAAAUUUCACGAGCACUGCAGCACCAAAGUGCCCACGAUGUGCGUGGACUGGAGCAACAUCCGGCAGCUUCUGCUGUUCCCCACUCCCGGAGAGAACGGGACCCCGGCGCUCCCUCCCCUCUCGUCCCGUCGCAUGCAGAACUCUAAAUUCUCCUUCAGCCCCUAUCACAGAUACUCCACGCCGAACGCUUUAAACUACAUCACCCCCAUGCCGUCCUCCGGCGUCUCUCUCAGUCAUAAAGUGCUGUCCACCUCCACCCCAAACGUCCACAUGGUGAGCACCACCCAGCCGGUCGACGAGGCUGCUUAUCAGGAAGCUUUAGGGCGAGAUGAAUCAGGAAGCCCGACGGAGUGGUCCAAAACCCCGGCUCCGGCACACAGGGAGAAAGCGCCUGCGACGAACACUCAGGAAAAACGCAUCCGUCCCAGAGAGAAGAGAGAUUCCAGCUAUUACUGGGAGAUCGAGGCCACUGAGGUGGUUCUGCUCUCCAGGAUCGGCUCAGGGUCUUUCGGCACAGUUUACAAAGGGAAGUGGCAUGGUGAUGUUGCUGUGAAGAUUUUAAAGGUCACAAAUCCCACACCAGAGCAGUUACAGGCCUUUCGCAAUGAAGUAGCUGUUCUCAGGAAGACCAGGCACGUCAAUAUUGUUUUGUUUAUGGGAUACAUGACCAAGGCAAACUUGGCCAUUGUGACGCAGUGGUGUGAAGGAAGCAGUCUCUACAAACAUCUGCACGUGCAGGAGACCAACUUCCAGAUGUUCCAGCUGAUGGACAUCGCCAGACAGACGGCGCAGGGCAUGGAUUACCUGCAUGCAAAGAAUAUCAUCCAUCGAGACAUGAAGUCAAACAAUAUCUUCCUACAUGAAGGGCUGACGGUGAAGAUCGGUGAUUUUGGUCUGGCCACGGUCAAGGCGCGGUGGAGCGGCCCGCAUCGAGUGGAGCAGCCGUCUGGAUCCAUUCUGUGGAUGGCUCCCGAGGUCAUCCGGAUGCAGGACAACAAUCCUUACAGUUUUCAGUCGGAUGUGUACUCGUACGGUAUCGUCCUGUAUGAGCUGAUGACGGGAGAACUGCCUUAUUCUAUGACUGGAAACAGAGAUCAGAUCAUCUUCAUGGUGGGGAGAGGCUAUCUGACCCCUGACCUCAGCAAACUCUACAAGAGCUGUCCCAAAGCCAUGAAGAGGCUCGUCGCCGACUGCAUCCAGAAGUCCAAAGACGACCGGCCGCUGUUUCCCCAGAUCCUGUCCUCGAUCGAGCUGCUCCAGCACUCGCUCCCUAAAAUAAACCGCAGCGCGUCGGAGCCGUCGCUCCACAGAGCCUCGCACACCGAGGACAUCAACGUCUGCACGCUGGCGCUCUCCUCCGCCUUCAAGUGACGCCGUGUUCCUGCGCUCCGUCUAGUGUACUCCGUGUUAGGUCUUUGGUUCACCCGCUCGAGCUGGACCUCUCUUCAGUGCCGAGGGAACGCUAACAGCACUUUCUUCCUCUUUGAUCUGUACCGAGCGGGACCGCUCCGAGCUCCGCCGGCUUUCGUCACCCGUACAAUCACGUGCCUGGAAGCCGAGGCCCCGGCUGUAUACUCCCUAAGUGCCAGUGCCGCUCGUGGCUUUAUCGAAACGCCUCCUAGCACAAGGUGUAGGGAGCACUUUACCAUCUUGUGUCUUGCUGUCUCUUUGACUGUGUGUAUGUUACAGAAAUCCAAGAAGGAAGAGUGGGUAUUAACUUUAUCACGAGACUUACUAGGGAUCCGUUUUUUUUGGCUUUUAGUGGAAGAUUAACUUGUAAACUUGACAGAUUGUUUAUUCAUUGUAUUUUAAUAAAAUUAAGUUAAAUGCACCACACAAGCUCGGUUUUUAAGAUGAGAAGAUUAUGGCUUCUUGUCAAGCGCAGACGGCGCUUCGAGGUUAGCGGGACGGAACCGAUUUCUACGGACUCGACGGAUGCUCUGCAGCCAAUGGGUGCCGUCAGAACGAGAUGAAAACAUCACAAUAAUCCACAGCACUCCGGUCCAUCGGUGAACAUCUGGAGAAGAAAAACGCUGAGACAAACCAAGACGUCUUUCACUUCAAACUGUUGCUUACAAAAUAUCCAUAAUAAAAUGCAUAGUCCGUAAUACUGCUAUUCUUUUAAGAAAAAUCUGAUGUUGGUCUGAAUAAAUGCUGAAAUUAA